GAACGUGUACAGAACCCACGAUUAUAUCGACAAUAUGUGAUCCUUAAACAAAACAUGGAUGCUAAGAAUCCUGUGGGAACAAUUAAUGAAAAAAUUUUAUAUCAUGGUACCAGUGGCGACAGUAUUGUUAAAAUUAACCAUGGAGGUUUUAACAGAAGUUUUUCUGGUAAAAAUGCCACUGUGUAUGGGGCUGGGAGCUAUUUUGCCCUAGAAUCAGAGUAUUCUGCAAGGAGAAUCUACUCACCAGUAGAUCCCAGCGGUCAAAAGCACGUCUACCAGUGUAAAGUAUUGACUGGUGAAUUCACUGUUGGUGGAGAAAAACUUCUUGUACCACCUCCUAAGAAUCCAAAUGACCCAACCGAUUGUUAUGACAGUGUUGUAGAUGACGUCAAUAAUCCUCAAAUUUUUGUUGUUUUUAAUGAUGCAAUGGCCUAUCCCGAGUAUCAUAUAACUUUUAAUUAAUUGUGUGUCAACUUAAAGAAGUGAUUAUGUUUAUUCAAAAUAUAUUUGCAUCUGAUUUUAGAUCGAAGAGGC